AUGAUCAUUUGGGCGAAUGGUUUGCUCUGGUUCCCAGUCUAUAAAGCAUUCUACAUACUCUGUGGAAACUGGAACCCCGCCUCCUACCUGGUCGAGGAGGUGUGGAGUACGGCCUACCAAGAUAUUGGUGUCCUAGUACUAGUACGCCAAUUCAUUGUGGACCGCAUCAAAACCUGGAAAUGGUGGGUAAACCCUUGGUCCGAGAGGCAAGAAGAAGAACUAGCAGGUGACAGGCAGAAGGGGGUAGGGCCUGAACUUGGCAAGGUGGAGCAUGAACUUGCCAAAGACGACACAAAUAAGCUCGAUGAGCUGAAGCUUGAAGACAACGAUGUGAGGUGUGACUUUGCCACACAAGACCCUUGCACCAACUGCAAAAAAUCAGAUGUGGAGUGCAGACCAUAUACAAGAAAACGCAAGAGAUUCACCAACAGUCUCUCGCCAGGGCGAAAUGUGUCAAUCUCUGCCCCCUUGAGCCAGACACCGCGGGGCUCACAAGUUCCUCCUGAGUCACCAGAAGUGGCUUCACAGCGGAAUUCUUUGAGCGCGUCUGGGGUCAUUCCAAAUGUUCAAAAUGAAGCCAAUUCAGCUAAUAAUGAUCCCUUCAUUAAAGAAGAGAGCUAUCGUGGCCGCAGUGAAUAUCUCGGUGGCAGCGUCCCGUUUGAUGAAAAUAUGGUCAAACCCGGUCGCGAAACUACCUACACCAACCCCAAACCAUCAGCAACCGACUUGCAAAUGCUCCGCGAUCAGGGUGCCUUUGAAUUACCUCCAGUAUCUGUUCAAAAAGAGUUAAUGGCCAGUUUUAAUAUGCACUGUGCACCCUGGACACCGGUUGUGGACCCGAAAUGGCUGGAAGAGAGUGCGCCGCGAUCAAUGCUGCUUCUCCAGUCUGUCUUUCUCGCUGGAAGCAGAGUUUCUAAAGCUCAUUUAGACUAUGGGUCUAGUGAAGUGUUCUAUCGCCGAGCAAAGCUACUUUUCUUUUUUGGUGGUUGUGACGACCCUUUGAUUUCUAUUGUGGCCGCCUGCCUGCUGCAUUGGUAUAACCCGGUUGGGCCCGAAGAUGUCUCUACCGAUACCAGUGGUUUUUGGAUCCGAACAGCCGGGGCAAUGGCUUUUCAGAUUGGACUGCACAAAGAACCUGCGCCGAAUGCUCGAGAUCGGGGGCUUCGGAGAAGGCUGUGGUGGUCUCUGGUGGUGCGAGACAAUAUAAUCUCUGUUGGCGUAGGCCGACCACGAACUAUCAAUCUACGCGACAGCGAUGUGCUCCCACCAUCAAUUAAUGAUUUCCCCGUGAACAACUUCAAAUCUCAAUUAUUCCUAGCCUACUACACGAUAUGUCGGCUUCUGGGAGACACAGUCGAGUCCCAUCUCCGACAGGAAAUCUCUCGUCAAAGACAGGUCGAUCUUGAGAAUGCCGUCUACCGAUGGGCAAAACAAGUCGUUCCAAGGCUACGAUCAUCUGUCGCAGACCAAGACGAUCCGGCCAUCUGCAAUUUCGAAGUUCAACAGCUGAUGGUUAAGUAUUUCGUGGUCCUCACUAUUCUCCAUCGCUCUCCUACUCCAGGGAGCGUACCACCCGCAGCAUCUCUGGUCGCAUCUUCAUUCAUUGCCGGGAUUUACGAGGAAUUCCUGCUUCGCGACGAGCUUCGAUACCUGGGUCCUGUAUUCGCAUUCUAUCCACUAUGCGCUGGACUAUCACUUCUUUCUAGCUGUCGCUAUACCCACCUGCAGGGUACGGCCGAACAUGAAUUGACAGUCAUGAAACUCUCCCUUCAGAAGUUAUCUGAAAGAUGGCUUUCAGCGGUGGGACCAUUGCGUGCGCUGAACAAAUUGACCGAUAAAGUCCGAGAGCUCGGUCCAUUUGCGGGUUCGUCGCCUACUCUCGACCAAGAUGCAGCCUCUUUCUUCGAGGGAUUCGAUACGAAACUUUGCAAACAAUGGCAAAUCAUUGGACGAUCCUUAGAACCCACAGGGAACACUGGGAUCUCACCUACUUGCACUAUGGCGGAUAUUCAAGACCCUAAUGAUGCCCUUCGGUCCCUUGAUGCUCCGCACGGACAACAGGUGGAUUCUUACGAUUUUGCCUCCCCUGAUGUUAGUUUGGAUCCGUUCAGCAAUAACUGGGAAGGUGCUGGAUUUGACUGGAGUGGAUCCUGGCUACUCAAUGUAUGA